AGGAUAUUUUUCUUUCGUUUGUACAGUAUGCUUGGGUCUUGUGACUUUGUGAGAGCUCUACCUAAUUGCAUUAGUAAACAGACGUUGCUGCUUAAUUUAAAAAGACUCAUUGCAAUGCUUCUGUGACCAAACACGUUUUACAGGUACAUCCGGGUGUCUUCUCCUCAGUUUCUGAAGCCCAUCAAUAGCAGCUCCCGCAGGCACGCAGGGAAGAUGAUGUCACACUGCGUAGCGACGGUAGGAAGUCAACGCAUAAACAAUAUGAGGGAAAUAAGAGGGAGUUGAUUCUGCUCUGUGUGUUAUAACAAUACGUCAGCGCUGACAGAAAAAAAAAACAGAAAAUUAUUUUAGGACAUGGGUCCUGAAAAGACACGGGUCUUUAGGGCUAGUUUGUUUGUAUGCAUCUUACUGCCUGUACUUUUGCCUCCUGUUGCCACAGUUGGCCCGUACAAAGCUCCGUCUACAAAGAUCCAGGUGGGCAUCAGCCAAAACACCGGCAAUGCCAGCAGCGGUAAUACCAAAAUGAAUACGCACACAGGCUCCGUUGGAGUCAGGGAAGGCAAAAACAACAGUACGGGCGACUUCCAGAGCACCAGCCGGACUGUGGCAGCGGAGCUGGCCGCGAAUGACAGCAGACCGAUGUCCAUUCAGAGGGCACUGUAUGUGCUUGUGGCUGUCAGCGCUCUUGUCAUCGUUUAUUUCGUCAUCAGGACUGUCAAAAUGAAAAAGAACCGUAAAACAAGGAGGUAUGGAGUCUUGGACACAAAUCUUGCCAUGGAAAUGACACCAUUGGAGCAGGACGAGGAUGAAGACGAUGAUACCACAUUGUUUGAUGCUCGUAUUUCAAGGAGAUAAAAUGGCAAAGUUUGGAAAAUGUAGACACCUGAAAACCAAAGGAAGUUCAUGAACUUAUGAGGCAAAGACAUGUUUCAGAACUGAACUUUCUUGAAGUAUAUUUAAGUUUUUACCAUACAUAUCGUUUGGAUACUAAAACACUUAACAUUGAUAUUGCACUGUUUUCAACACAGAGCCAAAAGAAACCUUCUUUUUUCUUUUUGGUUAUGUUGUUUAGAAAAUGUGAUUUUUUUUAUUGCAUUAUGAUUUCGCUAUACAGUACAUAACUGGAUGAUAUGUGCAAAUAGUAUUUGUUAAGAUAUUAAAGGUUGACCUGCAAGCUAUGUGUGUGGUUGGACCAAAUGACACCAUUGUUUCUAAGAUUAAGUGAAAGGUGAAUAUGCUAUUUUUAAAAAACUGCCUUUGACAUUGAAUUAUAUAGUAAAUACACUGGGACAUUUACAAAGGUUUCCACAAUGCUAAGUGUUCUGUAUUUUUUCACAGUUGGCUGGCUUUUUAGUUAAGUGAAAAUGAAGAUAUGGUUACAGUAACUCCAUGUUCAAAAUGAAAAUGGAGACAACUACAGUAUGUCAUAGUCACAUAUUAUUGAAUAGUCUGUGUCUUAUGAGCAAAUAAACAGACUUCCUUCCAUUCCAUUUGUUGGACUGAGACAAAUAAGAAAGACUGUAACAGUUUUUUUAAUCUCACUGAGUUCCAUCUGUUAAGCUUAGCAUGGCUGUUAAGAAAACCUACCCACCUCAGCUACACUUUAAUACUGUUUCUUCAAAAGUGAGGUAUGAGUGCAUGAUUGAUAAUAAAGAUUGAUUGACCGUUUGGCUACAUAUAAUCAGAUUGUAUUAAUUUAUUGAAUAUGUAUGAAGGGGUAUAUUACCACAUUUUUACAGUCAUCUAGUAUUUUCAGUUGGAAAUAAUAGAAUUGCAAACCAAUGAAUUGCAGCUGAAUUAAUAUUUCUGUGUACAUCCCUUCCUCUUUAUCUCCAGUCUCUGCGUUUCUCUCAGAGGCACAAGCUUCUUAGACCGUCUUCGAGACUCAAUUUCAAAUUUGGACAUAUGUGUUCUUCUUCACAUUGCCCAUCGCAUCUCUUCCAAGUCCUUUAUUCACUCUGUAUUGUACGGGUGCUCACAGUCCUUUGCGGCUUUGUGAUGCCAUUUUUGUGGUCAUGCCAAAAAGUAAAAUAAAGGAAGAUGAGCUGCAGUGAUACAGUUGUGCAUAAUUAUUUCAUCAGCAACUUCACCAUCAUCGCAGUUUGGUUCAUCUGAUGCCAUCAAGAUAUCAUCUUGGGUAUUCAUGUCCAGCACUGUAGUCUCAUCCCUUAUUCCUGAAGAUUACUGCACUCAAAAUCUGUAAAGUUGUGUGCAUAAUGUGAAUUUGUAAUUAUUUUUUAUAAUGGAAAACAUUGGGAAUAUGCAGUAUUGUAUUUUAUGUAAUUAUUUUUGUAUGCAGUAUGUUUCAGUCAUGUUUUGACAUACUGUAUACAGUAUGUUGAUUUGCAUGGUGUAUUAAGUAUACUUGAGGUAUACUGUAUAUGUGGAAUAGAAGAUACUUUUUUCCUAGUUCUUUGUUUUUUGUUAUUUGUGGGCAGUUUGGGAUCGUAUCUCCUGUGAAUAAAGAGGAUUGGGUGUACAUGUAGAGUAUUUUUUAGGAUGAGAGAGAUUUAUUGAUUGCUCAACAAGAUGUUGUUGAUGAAUGUAUGAUUUGCAUUUUAAGUUUACACAAUAUGAAUAAAAUAUUUUAAACAGUU